GACGUCCGCCCUGUCCAUUGGCUAAGCCCGCUGGGACGCAACCAAUAUGAGAUAUCUUCCGAGCGUAUUUGCAUUCACCACCUUCAACAUUAUCGUGAGACCAUAGUGUUGACGAAUCAACCUCGUCAUAAUUUUGGGGGAGUCCAGAAUCAAAGUUGCCUCCCACUCACCCAGUGCAAACACGCAAUACCUCCAUCACGUGUAGGAGUCGUGAUGGCGUCACACCUGCCUGCCUUUCCUCGCUUCAUUUUCACCACCUUCGAGCCUCUCAGCCUCAUCGCCGGCUGGGCCGGAGCCACGAUAGACCCGUCCUGGUUUGUAAAGGAGCAGACCUCAACACCAAGCCUCACUGUGGACGACAACUCCCGACUUGUGGCGCUCCAGCUCGGCAACUGUUACGGCCUACUGUUCCUCGCUGCCGUGGCCGUGCUGUACACAACCACUGAGCUCCGUGUGGUGCGGCGGUACCUCAUUGCGCUUUGGAUCGCAGACAUCGGCCACAUUGCGGUGUGCUAUUUUGGCCUGGGGUUUGAGAGGUUCAUAGAUGUUGGCUCAUGGAACUCAAUGACCUGGGGCAACGUAGGUGCUACGGCUUUCCUUUGCUUGACACGGACGGCGUAUUUGCUAGGUUUCUUUGGACCUGAUGAUCCUGUAUCAAGCACGAAGAAGAUCCAGUGAAGAACUUUUUCAGCUGCGUCUGUAUCUACCCACGACUAUGGACGAAUCAUCAUAACAACUUACCGGUGAUCCUCGACCGAUGCGAAUAAUUAUAGCCGAAUGUCAGACAGGGAGGCUGCUUGUAAUUCUUAGUUCCACAUUGCGAAGCAUGACCAUGGUUGGCUAAGCCGUUGCGCGGAACCCUACUGGGAACACGUACUAGACAAUACUUGUAUUCUAUCUGGGUUGCAUGAAAGUUGGAAACCCUACCUAGGUAGCUUACGAUCUGCCAACAGUCGGUCAUAUACCAAGAAUCCACGCCUUGAGGUUGUGGGCGCA